AUGAGAGCGGACUGGGACGCGGAGAUCAUUGGCGAGGCCGUGGUGGACGCGGAAAUCCCGGACCCGGAGCCGGCGGAGCAGGAUAAGGAGGAUGACGGCUCGGAGGGCGAUAGUGAAGGCGAGCUAGGGGAUGACGAGACGGAUACAGAGGUGGGGCGACCGCCCUCGCAGGAGAGCUCCCACCAAAAGGCGGCUAUUGAACAUGACGCUCAUGUUCUGGUGAGAGAGAUCCGCUGCUGGCUAGGGACUUCGGAUAGAUGUGCUGCUCUCUUUGAGCAGCUGGAGAGACAACAGCUAGAUGACCUGGCGGGCGGAGCUAACGGCGAUGGCCCGCGAGGCGGGGCAGGAUGUCCGAAAGGCUACUCCUCCGGCCUGGCUGGGACGAUAUCCCGGCGGAGGUGCAGAGGAGACUGGAUAUCGGAGCAGAUCUACCUGCAGCAGAGGAUAGCCGCCAACAGGCAGCGGGCUAACAUCGAUACUGGCUAUGUGCCGGGAGAGAUCAACACGCCGCCGGCGGCUAAGGCAGCCCCGUCUGGCGAUGAUCAGGAUAUCAUGGCGCAGCUCCUGGCCAGGAAAGACAGCCUCGAGGAGGCAUCCCGCAGGAGAGAGCUUCGUGACCAGCCCAUGGCCGGGCUAGCGCGAGCUUCCCAUCCCGGAAAAGGGCCACCGCGGCCAGGCAGCAGCGCCCCGGAGAGGCUACCGCCGCAGCGCGUGCUAGCGAAGCGGCUAGCUCAGCUGCAGCGGUUCAGUGAGCUGAGUGUACUGAUUUGCAACGACUUCGGCUGCAUCUGGGUUGCAGGCUCUUGUGAAGCCACCUGCCGGCAAAGCUGUUUCCAGCUCGGCAGGUUGCUCCAGGCUCAGGGAAACUUGUGGGAGCAGGCACCUUGGCUUGUGUGCCUGCACACAGGGCUUGGUUGCUUUCUCAACGCAUUUUACUACAGCGAGCUCAUCGAAUUGAAGGCAAACAGGGCCAAGGAACUCCGGGCGACAUCGCAAACUCAGUUGCGAGAACACGGCAAGAUCCUGCAAAGGUGUUUCAAGUGCUCCAGAGCAUGCCAGGUCAUGUUCGACAGCUGGUGGCAGCGCUUGGCUCGGAGCCGUCAGGCUGCGCUCGCCGACGGGGACCCCUUGAGGGAGUUCCUCCUUUGCUUGUUGGACGCCUCGUACUUCGAACUGGACGGCAUUGGGCAACUCCAGCUGCGUGUCCCGGCCGCGGUCCCACCACUUCCACCAGUGCCGGACAAGGAGCUGAUUGAAAUCCUGUCCUACAAGGCGAGCUCACAUUCGAGCGCCGAACCGCUGACGAAGGACUGGAUCCGUGACAAGUUAUUGGUACCAAAGUCGGUUGUCUCUUCUACUUCGUCUUCUCAGCGCAGCCGCGGAUGCGCGGCAUAUGCGCCAAAGCCUCGCAGCAGCAGCGCCCGAGGUGCACAAGGCUCCUCUCGGGCUCGGCCAUCCUCCGCAAGGCCCUCCUCGACGCGGAGUGCAGCUCGCUCGAGCUCAUCUGGUCCUGUUCCAAGAUGGAGCAUGUCAGACGCAUCUGCAGAGGGCUCCUUCUUCAACGACAGCGAACGGCCCAGCUCCACCCGCUGUCCAGUGCCUGGAGGCCUCCGCCUUCGGCAUCCUCUGCAAGAACGUGAAAAGGCCAACCUUCCUUAUCGCGUGCCCCCGCCAAGUUCGGCGAAAAGCGCUGAACAGGUGGAGGCAAAAGUGAAAGCGAAGGCGCCAGUUCCGCAUGCAGCGCAUGCGCCGGCAGCACAUGUGCCAACAGCACCUGCGCCGGCAGUGGUCGCAGCACGUGCUGCAAACGCGGUGUAUCCGAGCCAUCAGCGUCGCAGGCCGGCAUCGGCAAAGAUCCACAAACACAAGCGGGUGGCUGAGCCGGAAGAGGAUAUCAUCUACGAGGAUGUUGAGGGUCCGCACGUGGAUCGCGGCUCGCUGCGUGCUCCCGGCAGCUCCGGGGACGCGCAGGCUCCGGAGACGGAGCGCCCUGCCAGCAUCCCCAGCCACGAGGCAGUGGCCUCCCAGGCAAAGCGGCACCACCGUGCAUGGAGGCCCGCCUCUGCCAAGGUGCACAAGCAUAAGCGCGUUGAACGCUGCGAGAACGCAGAGGACAUUUACGAUGACUUGGAGCCGAGCCUGGCCGAGAGCUCCGAUUUCUCCGGGCAGGAGGAUGCUGCCUCUCCUGACAAGCCCUUUGAGGACGCUGAAGAACUCACGCCUCCAUCACAAGGUGUGGAUGUGUGGAUUCAUCAGGAGAGCCGCGGUGAGGCAUUCCACGGCCACUUUGAAUUCGUCGCACCCCGAAGAUCGUCUCCACCCAGCCUAGACAGGCAGGAUCAAAGAAGCACGAUCAGCGCAUGUCUGUCAAUCUGUGCUGAUCUUGCCUGGUGCCAGGCGGCGAAAGACAGCCUGACACGUGUGCAAUGCAAAAAAGAAACUUGCAAUCCAUCCACUCGCAUGCGUCGCUCCAACGUCCGACAUGCCAUCUCAUCGGUGCUCCAUUGUGGGAGUUUCCCCCAAGUUGGAAUGCAGUCUCUGUUGCGUCUGCAGCUCCUACGUGGGCAACAUGUCAGCAAAGCCACUCUUGUUACAGAUCCCGGGCUUGGGCAGAGGACAUCAGACAUGUUCAACGCAGUUUCAACCUUUAGACUCCACCGUCUCUAA